CCUCCCACUUCAGCCUCCCAAAGUGUUGGGAUUACAGGCAUGAGCCAGUGUGCCAGGCCUCAAAUGUAUAGUUUUAACUAAGAUAAUAAGACCGGUAUAUAGGUUUGAGGCACUUCUUUAGAUGAAUUAACACAUAUAAUUUGUUGUUAAAUGUUUGAUGUUUCAGUUCACCUAAAUGAUCAGCAUUUAUUGCAUAAGUACUGUAGACUAGAUACUGAUAUGAGUCUUACAUUCAUUAUCUUAUUUAAUGCUCGCCAUAGCCAUAUGAGGCAGGUACUAACUCCAUUUCAUAGAUGAAUACACUAAGACUUAGAGAAUGUGAUAUGCCCAAGGCCUCAUGGCUGGCAGACUUGUCCCAGGUGUAUGAGACUUCCAUGUCCAUGCUCUUAACACAGUACUCUGUGCUGCCUCUGGGCUAUGGAUCCAUGUUACAGUUUUAAUCUAUAGGUUUGUUUCAUUUGUCAUUUUCUUAUCAUCUUUUCCUAUUUUUGGCAUUCAUUUUUGGCACUUUUAGUCUCUUUCCUUUUUUUGGCAUCACGUGUCAAACAUCAUGUGUUAUACACCAUGCAGUGCUCCAGGUAUUCUAAGUAUAUUAUCCUUACAAUAACCUUAUCCAUAGGUUUUGUUGUGUCUUAUUUAAAGCAAGGGGAAACUGGAUUGCAGAGAGGGUAAGUCAUCUCCCUAACAUCACAGUAAUAAGUAUCAGAGCCAAACUCUUGAACGUGGAGUGGAGAGUAUGCUCCGAGAUUCAACCAGAGCAGGGGGCAGUAAAGGAUUGAUGUGGUUGGAGGAAUGGAUUCAGAAGACCACCUGUUAAUAGUGCCACUGGUGGCGGAGCUCCAGAAAGUGGGGUAGAUACUAAAUGUGGUCUGAAAGGGGAUCCAGAAAGUGCUGUACACCUGGGUGAUCCCCCUGGGGCCUGGGGCCAGUCAGGGUUCUCCUGGUCUGGUCUUUACUGUGGCCUGCCAGAGGCUCUCCUGGAGUCUCCUCAUGUACGGCUGGUAGUCUAGACUCUGGCCAGCUGCUGUGGUGUUAGAGGUUAUAGCAGGUACAAGGAGUUCUCAGGGUGGCAGCCGGAGGAGCUUGGUGCAAAUCCAGCAGUCCCACCAGCCAGUUUGAUGGUAGAGGAAGAGCAAAUGAGACACUUUUCAAAUAUGCAGAUUGACUGGGCAUGGUGGCUCACACUUAUAAUCCUAGCGUUUUGGGAUACCAAGGUGGGAGGAUCCCUUCAGGCCAGGAGUUUGAGACCAGCCUGAGCAACAUAGCAAGACCUCAUCUCUGCAAAAAAAUCAAAGAAAAUAAGCUGAGCGUAUUUGUGCGCUCCUUCUCUCCAGCUACUUGGGAGGCUGAGGUGGGAGGAUCACUUGAGCCUAAAAGUUCGAGGCUGCAGUAAGCUAUGAUUGUGACCUUCCACUCCAGUGUAGGCAACAGAGGGAGAGUCUGUCUCUUAAAAAAUAACAUAGUUGAUAUACAUCAUUUGGCCACCAGUCAGCCAAUGGAUAUGAGACACUGGAAUCUCCAGAACCUUGAACAGUGGUGCUCUUUAUCACAAGGAGACAAACUGAGAGUUCAGGCUGGAGUUCAGGUUUUCAGGUAGCCGGAGGAUGGAGACUGUGUCAUCCAUUCAUUCAUUUAACAUUUUUGAGCACUUACCAUAUUCCAGAUCAGCAUUCUGGGCACUGAGGGAUUGAACAAUGAAUCAGAAAAAGUCUCCGCCAGAAGGAGCUCAUGUUCCGACAGAACACACCCAUGCACACACACGUCAUUCAGUGGUAAAACAGGCUAUGAAGGUCAGGGAAGGCCUUUCUGCAGAGGUGACAUUGAAUGGAGACUUGAAAGAAGUAGAGGACAGCCAUGUGGAAAUCUGGAGGAAGAGUGUUGCAGGCAAGAGGAGGUGCCAGUGCAAAACUCGGGAGGCAGAGGCGUGAUUGGCAGAUCAGAGGACUUGCAAGAGAACAGCGUCUGAAGCAGAGGGAAGAGGAAGAGUGCCAGGAAUGAGUCAGACAGAUUAUGGAUGAUUGGCCAGGGUAUGACUUGAAUUUAUUCACGUACCCACAGCACUAUUACGGAGACUUGGAAUAUGUCCUCAUCCCUCAUGGCAUCAUUGUGGACAGAAUUGAGCGGCUGGCCAAGGAUAUUAUGAAAGACAUAGGAUAUAGUGACAUCAUGGUCCUGUGUGUGCUUAAAGGAGGUUACAAAUUCUGUGCUGAUCUCGUAGAACACCUUAAGAACAUCAGCCGAAAUUCAGAUCGAUUUGUCUCUAUGAAGGUUGAUUUCAUCAGACUAAAAAGUUACAGGAAUGACCAGUCCAUGGGUGAGAUGCAGAUAAUCGGAGGCGAUGAUCUUUCAACACUGGCUGGAAAGAAUGUUCUCAUUGUUGAGGAUGUCGUCGGAACUGGGAGGACGAUGAAAGCACUACUCAGCAAUAUAGAGAAAUACAAGCCCAACAUGGUUAAGGUAGCCAGUUUGUUGGUGAAGAGAACACCCAGAAGUGACGGCUUUAGACCUGACUAUGCUGGAUUUGAGAUUCCAAACUUAUUUGUGGUGGGAUAUGCCUUAGAUUACAAUGAAUACUUCAGAGAUCUGAAUCACAUAUGCGUCAUCAAUGAGCACGGUAAAGAAAAAUAUCGAGUCUAAAGACAAGAAUUCUCACCGCUAAAGUCCCAGAUAACAUCAUACUUACGCCUGUUCUCGGGAAGCCAGCUGUCAAGUUUGUCUCCCCAGGCAUCUUCACUCAGCAGGAUAUAAAAGAAAAAAAUGUUCAAAUGAGAGAGCUUUCUUUUCUGAGGUUAAUAUAAAGAGUAUCAAAGGUUCUUAAGGGAAAGAAAGCAGUGCUUUUAUUUGACUUGUUCCAAAUUAAACACUCCGCCUUGUGACUCA